AGUUGGUGAGAGCAACCAAUUUCAUAAUUUCUGCAAUGAAAUUCAAGAACUCGCUGGAUGAUAAAAUUCUAGAUCCUGAAAUUUUCCACCUAAAUCCAAAGAAGAGUGACACUGAUUGGUUCAAGAAAAUUAUAAGGUAUUUCGAGACUUACUCGAACCGUCCUGACCGCGUAGCUCAGUUGGAAGAGCAUUGGGCUAGUAUUCCAAAGGUCGUAGGUUCGAAUCCCACCGUGGCCGGGCAUAUUAUUCAAGCUCGCCCGGUGUGGAUAUACACUCAGAGUAACGCCACAAAUAUCAUAUUCACCUGAGUACACUACACCAACACAGAAAAAAAUUCAUACCCAGUCUUAUCAUCCACCAUGUCUUUCCAGAUUUGUACCAUCAAGUCUGUCAUGGUUUGGUGCUUACCUGCUCAAAGCAUUUCCCUUAGACAUGAGUCAGUAUAAUCGUAUGUUGGCUUCCACUCGUGUCCCACAACCAGGCAAGGAUAAACUGGUCACAUAUGAAGAUAGCAGACAUAUUCUUGUUAUUCAUAAUGGCAAUUAUUACACCGUUGAUGUUAUCAAUGAAACAGGUUAGUAAAACCUUCCAUGUGAUCUAUGACUUCUGCAAGUUAAUGCCAGUUAAUGCCACACUGGUUAGUGCAUGUGUUUGAACCUUUGUGUUCAGGGUUCAAUUCCUGCACUAUAGUGACAGGGUUCUAUAGUUGCACCUCCAUCGUGUAUGAGAAGACUGAAGAGUGCUCACAAAUAUGGUGUAUUUUUGACAGGCACAAGCUCCAGUUUCCUCCUGUAGUACCACUGGACUAUUAAGACUGCCUGUACUGUACCUCUAGGGAGAACAGUUUAGAAAUCAAUGCCAGACCCAAGGGGGGGGGGGGGCAGGGUGUGCCUUUGAAUCAUAACUGAAUUAUUCUUCAAUAGCAAUAAUUUUUCAACCAUGACAGGAUUGGUAGGCUAUCAAUUAAGCUAUAUAUUGCAUGAGUUUUAAGGCAAAAAAUUUUAAAGAGCUAAGAUUUCAAGCUACACAAAGUAGUCAUAUGUCUAAUUCGCCUGCCCCCUACCCCAAAUACUUCGCGAAGUGCCGCUACUGUUGGAAAUGAUGUUAAUAAUAAAGUUUAGUUUAUGGGCAGUGUUUGAAAAAGUUGUCAAUCUGUGACAUCAUAUCACUACAGGCGCGAUCCGUCCAGCAUCAGAAAUCCUGCUCAAUCUUCAAGCAAUCGUGCUAGAUGACAGUACACAUGCUCAAUAUCCAGUCGCAGUUCUAACCUCAGAAGACCGAGAUCCUUGGACAUCAGCACGUCAAGAACUGGAAACUGUGAUGACUAACACAGAGCCUCUGAAGAUGAUUGAUAGUGCUUUAUUUGUUCUCUGUCUUGAUGAAGGAGAACCUGAGUCACCUGAACAAGUCACGAAAGUCUUUCUGCAUGGAGAUGGAACUAACAGGUAAUGCAAACU